AGGGAUAUUCCCGGCCAGCUCUACCGUAUCGACCUCUCAGUGCGCUGUUCGUCGACCACAGAUAUGUAAAUAACCGCUUCCUACCACAGAAUUUUCCAGUAUACACUUUCAACCUUCAGCCCGCGCGGGUGGAAUCGGAGCGCACUACGUCUAGGCUUUUACGGCUUCAGUCACAGCCACAUAUCUCGACGGUUGUUGUCUUGGUCCGUCCUCGAAUUUUAUCACAGCCUUUGGAGUCAACUUCCAACAGAAUCAGUAUCACCGACACCAUAUGACUAACUGUCAGCUUCCACUUGUGUGAUUUACCCUUCUAGAUUAAUUCUAUAUAGUCCCACCACGACCCCUAUCUGUGAGCUAUCUACAUUCAUCAGUCUUCGCUUUAUAUUAUUCGCUGCCGUCGAGGUUCCAUCGUACGGCGACUUCUGCUGUAAUACCAUGGUGGACACUAUGGCCAGGCCACCCGACUCGUGGGCCCAGGACCCUUACGCUCCUCGACAUGGUUCUUACUACCCUCAAGAGCAACGCGGCCAUGAGCUACGUUUACCUCCACUACCUAGCCUAGUGACCGGACCACACGUGAAUCAAGAGCUUCUGAAUAGACAGCAACCGGCAGCCUAUGCGCCUACCCAGUAUGGGGAACCCUACGCAGCCUCUCCGCCUCUCCAUCACAGUCCACGGCCACCAAUGCCAGGCUCUGAGUUACACACGAUGGCACCGAAUCCUUAUACUAGACGGCCAGUAGAAGCAAGCGUCUGCUCCCGCCCCGCACAUUCACCGAGUAUAGGUAGCCGGUCCGGGAAGACGCCGGAGCGUAUUCAACUACGGCAACCGGGCGGCGAGCCGAGCCCCUUACAGGCUCACAGACUACCUUUGCAAUCGAGGUCAGCAGGGGAGUCGCCUCGACAGCGUCACUACGCAGAAAUUCACGCAGUUAGACCUGCUUCAGAAUAUCCCCAACAAGAUCUUCGUCUUCAGCAUUCUCCACGAACGGUACAUACUCCACGACAGACGUGGCAACCUCAAGCUGAAUCUCGUGCCCCGGAGCGGAUGAGGAUAUCGGAGCUAUUAAGUGACGAGCCGAGAACUGGAGAGUCGGGCUCGUCUAAGGCACCAGAGCGUAGAAGAGCUCCCGCCGCCGCCCCUUCGACGUAUAAGCUUAAGGUCCGCCAGCAACCGGUUGCUGCUAGGUCUUGUGGUUUUGGCGAGAGGGAUCGCAGAGUCAUUGAUCCACCUCCAAUAGUCCAGGUAUUUAUCGAAGACACUAAGGCGUCACAAGAGGAAAUUCGUGCCCAACUCAAGUUCCGAUUCUCGGUCAUGCAUUGUACGAUAUGGAACGAGACAGGUGACCAAGACUGCUCGGGUAUGCCAGACGAUUACAGACAGCAACGAAGACUCAUGGGAACGAUAGUGUCAUCACCCUUCGUCGGGUUUGACGAAAAUAACGAAGAGGGAUGCUUCUUUUGUUUCCCCGAUUUAUCCUGCCGGACUCCUGGCACCUUUCGGUUGAGAUUUAGUCUGGUGGUUCUGGACCCAAACUCGGUACCCGGGUCAAGAACCCCAGUAUGCGCCAUCGCCAUGAGUGAUGUAUUCACAGUUUAUAAUGCUAAGGAUUUCCCGGGCAUGCGAGCCAGCACGGCACUAACGAAGAGGUUAAAGGAGCAAGGAUGUCUUAUUUCUAUUAAAAAGGGAAACGAGAGGAGCCAUGCGCGUGACGAUAGCGAAGAGGAUGAGGAUGAUGACGAUGACGGUGGGAGUUCGGCACAGCGACGAGCGAAGCGGACUAGAAAAUCAUGACAUUCUCUCGAGUCUCAGGGGUCGCCCUUUUUUUUGACGGAUUUAAAACCUUAAACCA